GGUCGAACUCGGUACACGUUUGUUAUUAACCCUAGGAUCAUUUCAAGGCGGAAUUUCCCUUUAAGUUGGUGGUAUGAACAUUAUUAUGUCCAUUAUUUGCAAAGUAUAAAACAAUCAGACUAUUUACAUGAAAUAUUAGCUAUAUAAUUCUUGAAGCUUCUUCUGCCUCCUGGAAACCUUGGUAAGUUCCACUGGGGGAGGGGUACUUGUUUCUUAUAGCUGUAACAACACAGCUUGGCAGAACUGUUCUGUGUCUGGGUCCAAGAACCUCUCCUUUCAGUCCCCACUCCAGAACCAACCGGUAAGCCACAAGUCUGCACUGCCUGGGUGAGGGCAAGAGGUUUUACACUCAUUCAUGCAGAUCAAUUAUCAACAGUUACAGGUGGCGAUGCGAACUGAAUCAAACGUAAUUUGAUAAAUAUAUCUGAAAUAACAUUAAUAGCUCCGAUGUAAAACAUAACUUGUCUAGUGUACUUACCUAGUGGAUAACUGUCCAUCUGGUCCCUCUGGUAUGGGUCGCCGCCUCCAAUUUAUUUUUGGGACAUGGAAAAAAGUUUCAAGUACAGCCCUGUUUAUCAAUGAGGGGAAAUCUUCAGACUCUACAAAACACUGCGUCUCUUGGGUGUCGCGACGCAACAGGUCCCACUCCGUGCAACACAUACACUCCUCUUCGGUGGCCAUAGCUUCACAAUGUCCGCAGGUACACCACCAGUUUCCAGAAGUACGAGGCUGUGUUGCGGCAUUGACUACAGGUAGCUCUCUCUCUCUCGUAGCCCUUUCACGGAGCUCACGCAGCUCUUCGUCUGUAUAUUCCGGCUCGAAAAGAUAAGGACAUCCAUCAAACUGAAAGGGUUCGUUCUCUAUGUCUUCAAAUUCAAUCGAAUAACCCGCCAUCUACUCAGUGUGUAUCCUGUUGCGCAAACACUUUACUCCUUGUGUUCUCUCGGCUUCCUUCUUUUGUGGGUUUACUGGCGGAUUUCAAACCCACUGUAAAGAUGCAUACCGCCACCUGCUGUACUGGCGCACACCUUCAUUUCUCUCGGCUUCUGAUGCAUUCACAUAUCACGUGCACAACGCCUGUUCCGGGCAACAACGUUUCACGCGAGAGUUCAGUUUUCCCAAGAUGGCGCCCGCAUGGAUAUUUGAUCCAGACGUGAACGGUAAGUGUUCCUUUUUAAUAAACUGCCUGUACACUUGCAAAGUUCUCAAUGCUUCGGUUUACAUAUAGAGACCCUCAUUGUGCUACAGUGUAAGUGUGGUGUUAUUUUGAGCAUUAUUAGUAGUAUAGACAUAGCAAUUUCGAUUUUAAUGCACCGAUGCCCCGAAGGCUACCAUAACAUGCUAAUUUGCAUUUAGCAAUAACACUGGUCACGUUAGACUAGCAUGAAAACAAACUCGAGUGAACGGUCGAACUCGGUACACGUUUGUUAUUAACCCUAGGAUCAUUUCAAGGCGGAAUUUCCCUUUAAUAGAAGACUUUGUAUUUUCUGUACUGUAUUGAAAAUAAUAGCAGAUUUAUAGAUCUCACACUCCAGGUUCUGCUCCACUAGAAGAUUUUUCUACAUUUCUAGUCUUUUCUAGUUUUUUUUUGUAUGUUUAUGCAUGUAUGCAUAUUUAUUUUUUAUACAUAUAAUUUUAAAUACAUUUUAAGGUUUGUUUUUGGUUCACCCGGAAAGUUUUUUUUAACAGAAAUUGAGCAUUAGUACCUGUAUAUUCAAAAAUAUUUUUUUUGGAACGGUCUCUAUUCUAGAAUGUAAGUAGUUAAUGUUGUGUUGUUAUUUAGCAUUACUCUAACUAAAAAAGGUUCAAAUAAAAUAAGAUUCAUAAUAAAUAUAUUUGAUUCAAAUUCGGUAUCAGUUAUUAUUUUUUUAUUACCUUCAAUAUAAUAUAGAAGCAACAGAGUUUAGAUUUAAUAUUUUGUUUUUUCUCCAAUUCCUCCUUAUGGGCUUCACCUCCAUAACAGUAGGUGGCGGAAAUGCACCCAGAUUUGGUUUACCAAACAACCGCCACAAAACAAAACAAGCAACGUAGCUGUAGGACUGCAUAGAUAUGUACACUAGAUCAGUGGUUCUCAAACUGGGGUCCGGGGCCGCCAGGGGGGCCGCGAGAUGGUGCCGGGGGGCCCCAGUUUUAUGACAUUUUAUAAAAUACAUUAAUUUAUCAGGAAUUCUGUGAAAUGAAAUACUACUUUGUAUAAUACAGCACUACUUUGUAUAAUUUAAUGUUUUGUUUAAUUAAAAUGUGAAGUUUUAGAACUGUUUUUUGUCAUAAAUUUUCUUUGGGGGGGGGCGAGAAGGAAUGCACCAUACACAAAGUGGGCCGCACGCUGAAAAAGUUUGAGAACCACUGCACUAGAUGUCGCCUUGACUACGGCAGUUCAUUGGACCGAAUGCGUCAAACAGAGCCGCCAUUUUUAAACAGAGUAGCCCCGUAUCAGUGUCAUUGUAGGCAAUGGUGUAACGGACAAUAAAAUCACCAUAAAUCGUCAUGAAUGCGAUUUUCUAUGUUUUCUUUUGGUUCGUUUCAACAGUCAGACAUCUAUUUAGCAUUGAGUCCAGAAAAAAAAGAAAGUUUUGAUAUUUUAAAAUCUACUUUUUCUAACUAUAAUGCACAGUGCUAGUAGGCCUAACAUCCAUACGCAGCACAAAAGUCUGGCAUUGUCCAUGAAUUCGAAUUACAGGUGGAUAUAGCAGCUUUACCUAGCUACUUCCUAUGACAAGACCCCUGUAACAAGAUGGCGGCGGUUUUGACGCAUGCUUAGAACCCCAAGGUGACAUCUAGUGUAUAUAUCUAGUAGGACUGCUAGAUAAGAGUUGUUGUAAUAAAGUGCUUUUUACCACGUUAAGACGGUGUUAUUUUCACCCCGACUGCAAAUCUUCUAUAGCCUAUAUGGCCCAACAUAUUUGUGUGUGCUAGGCAUUUUACAGCUUCCUUAAAGGAACAUUCACCCUUAAAAACAUUAAUCUUUAUUUAAGUGGGUCGUAUUUGUAGUCAAAAUGUAACAAAGUUCGCGUUUGGUGCCUAUAGAGGGUAUGCAUUGACGUCACUUUUCCACGUGACCACGCCAGAAUUCGCCCUGUUGAGUGGCAAACGUUCAACAAAAUUGCUGGUUUUCAUAGCGGCUGCUGGGAAAAUGAAAGUAAAACGAACUAUUAUCAGCUUAAAAUUGAAUUUAGUUGGAUUGAUAGCAGAGGUGGACAAUACUUAGUUACAAGAGUUACACUUUCCAAGCAUCUGUGCUUUAUUAGGACGUUUGUAUUGGGAAAAAUGUUACUUCACUUCACUACAGUCUAAAGCAUAGAAUCAUACUGUAUAUUUUUUAUAUUGCAUAUUAAAAUGUAUUUAAUACCUAAUUACAUUUAAAUUGUGUACUUCUACUUGAGUAAAAGUAUGUACUUAAAUAUUAAAUGUAAAACAAAAACAAAAGUAUGAUAAUAUGCUUUGGAAUGUAUGUUUUCUAAAGAAAGACACAGAUAAAAUACAAAUACUUGCAAAAUAAUUUUAAGUAGAAAGUAAAAUCUCUGCUUGAUAGUGAACCUAGCAACUUGUUAACCCACCUGUGGUCUGUGGACGUUGGCAUGAACGAUCAAUUUACUUCUCUUUUUUUUUGGUGUUUUUUUUGUCAGUCUGUAAAACGAUAUCUCAGAAUUCUUGUCAAUCUGUUAGUACAGUCUAUCGCACAACAGCUGUUUCAAAUUGAAACGCGUUAUUCCCGUGUGAUUUCACAGUGUAUUCAAAUGCUGCCGCUCUGUCUUUUGCCACUCAGUGGGCGUAACCGCAGUCAUUUUCGCCGAAUGUGACGUCAAGUGCAUACCCUCUAUUUGACCGCAUUUAUAUGGACGACAACAACUCCCACAAUGCACAGCUCUGCAAGCCACUCCCACUAAUCAGAACACCGUCGCUUGCGCUAUGGCCUAGCUUAGCUACCACCACCACAGCUUCACAUUCAUUUUACACAAAUUUUGUAGUGAAGAGUGAGUUGGCGAAUUAAUCAGUGAAUUACUUAUUAUUAGUUUGUUUUUCUUUUGAAAUGGUGAACUCUUGCAUGGUACCGGGGUGUUCAGACAAAACCAGGAAAAGACAGCAAGUAAGUUUUCAUUAUGUACCGAAAGAUGAGGAGCGAUGCAAACAGUGGCUAAGGGUGAUAAACCACCCGAUCUAUACAGAAUACACACCCGCGGAAUACCUAAAAACACUAAAGGUUUGCAGCAUCCAUUUCAAAAAGGAGGACUUCGAACUCAAUGUUUUGGGAAUGAAGAGAGUCGCGCUUUUGGACACCGCAAUUCCGUCGGUGUUUACUUUCCCAGAAGACAAUGUAAUGCCUGAAACAUCGGUGUUUAACGUUACAUUUCCAGAAUACAAUGAAACACUUCCAGAAGCCGAUGUAAAGCCUGAACCGUCGGUGUUUAACGUUACAUUUCCAGAAUACGAUGUAAAGCCUGAACCAUCGGUGUUUAACGUUACACUUCCAGAAGACGAUGUAAAGCCUGAACCAUCUGGACUUAACGUUAGUAGCGCUGAAUGCUUUCUCUUGGAGGAUAUGGGUUUCGAUUGUUGUGAAACUACAGUGUGUGAGACUGAUGAGAGCUCCUCAGAAAGUCUGGAUUCAGUGGGCGAUGAGACCGAACCAGAUGAGACCGAACCAGAUGAGACCGAACCAGAUGAGACCGAACCAGAUGAGACCGAACCACAGCCACUGCCGGACAAACAUCUCUCUGAACCGGACCCAGAUCUCAGCCUCAAUUUACUCUGUUACACCGAUUCAGACAGUGACAAGGAUGAUGAAUCUUCUAAACAAACCGCCACAAAGACUCAUGAUAUCGCCUGUAACACUGAAGAACAGCAGCUGAUCCUGCAGACCACACUGAAGACGUGUUCAGUCAAACUGGAGGACUGCAGGAACCUGAUGGAGAUAAACACAGAAACUACAGAAGAAGAAGAUGAUGACACUGAUGAUGAAGAAGAUAAGAAGCGGCGUUAUAAUGACGACGAUGAUGAUUUUGUUCCUUCGGAUGAGUCUAAUGAUGAUGAUGGUGAUCACUCUAUUCCUUCAGAUGAGAUCAAUGAAUCUUCUGAUGAAGAGAAACCACACAAGUGUCGGUAUUGUAAGAAGAAAUAUCCCAGUGAAUGGACGCUUGCGAAACAUAUGCGUAUACACAGCAAGAAGAAACCGUAUCAAUGCAGCGUAUGUGGGAAAACCUUUAAGCUUUUAGAUUAUGUAAUAAUACACGAAAAAAUACACAGUGAGGAGAAGCCCUUUCCAUGUUCACACUGCGAUAAAAGUUUUACUAAUCAACAUAGUCUAAAACUACAUAAUAGAGUUCACACUGGAGAGAAACCGUACCUCUGCCAACACUGUGGGAAGAGCUUUGCAAUACAACAGAAUCUUAAAUUUCAUCAGAGAGUUCACACCAAAGAAAAACCUUAUCACUGCUCUCAAUGUGGACAGAGCUUUGCGCGUCCCCAGACCUAUAAGAUUCAUCUGAAAGUUCACCUUGGAGUUAAACCUUAUCCGUGUAAUAUUUGUGGGAAGAGUUUCACUCGACAGGACAAUUUGGCGACACAUCAGAGAAUUCAUACGGGAGAAAAACCUUACAAGUGCACCCAGUGUGAUAUGGGAUUUACACAAGCAGUUCUCCUGAGACUCCAUCAGAAAAAACAUACUGCAGGAAAACUUUAACAUCUGGAGAGAUGUUCAGUCAUGUAGGACAUUUUAAGACUCAUCAUGCUGAAGAACAACUGUGAAAUGACAAAUAAUUAAA